UGUGCACAUUAAAUCUGUUGCAUGAAUGUAAGAAAGCUUGUUUCACAAACAGAAAGCAUACAACCAGGCAUUAUUUGGGAAAAAUGCAUGCAAUUUAGGCAAUGCAAUUAGACAUAGUAUGAUGUGGCAUGCAGGUAAUCCAUUCUUGUCAUGGGCUUGAGCUGCUUUUGUCCCCGGAUUGAACUGUCAUGGCUGCCGUGCGCUGUUGACUGAUUCUGGUUGGACGGGAUGCGGAAAAGCGCUGGCUCUGUACAUCCAAUAUGAAUGGGGUCAAUGCCAACCCUGACGCUCAGGUUGGGAAUGAAGAGAGGGGCAUUUGGCAUAAACGCCUGCGUCUCAGGAAGACCUCCUUUUCAUUCCCCGCUGAACGAAGCACUGUGAAAGAGGAGAAAAAUGUUACACCACAUGGAUUGAAAGUAACAGAGAAGUCCAAGAAGCCAUCUCACCAUCUUCAGGCGAUAAACACCUUCACCUGCUCCUCAUGCAACGACGGCAUCUCCUUCAAACCUGCCGAAUUAUUGAUGCAUUUUAAGAUCGUCCACGGAAGCAAAGGAAGCCCACCGAUGUUUCCGUGCGACAUGUGUGGAUUCUCCACACCGGUGUUCACUACGCUUCAACAGCACCGAAUGCAACACAAGGAUUGUUUGUUCAUUUGUGAGAUUUGUAAUGACAGCGUCCAGCAAACGCUGCCUCAACUGACCAAACAUUGUCAAACUCACCAUGCUCGAAACGGUCAAUACUAUUGUCCAAAAUGCAAAGACUCCGUCCAGGACAUUAAAGAGUUUGUGUGUCACUCUUGUUCACAGGAAAGCAUUACUAAUGGUAAUACGGAGAAAAACGAUCUCUUAAAGCACAUGGCUGCUGCAUGCCGUCAAAGAUGGAGCCGUAGAAAUUGGUGGAGAAAGCGGGCAACUGUUAAGCAAGACAAUAACCUGUCCCAAGAUCUCAAGUUUUUACUUCCAAAACCAGAACCCAAAUGGACGUCCCCAUUGCUCCCUUUCUCCACCCCCAGUUUAAUGGACAAUCAUGGCGUGUUACUGGAUCCACAGAAGACCUUGGAGGAAACGCAGCAGUUUCUUGAAAAGACUGUCUGUAGUGGUAAAAACUGGCCUGCAUCUCUCAAAAGCAAGCAAGAUUUUAUUCCUCACGCGCCAACAACACCCCAUCCGUCACAAGCAAAUGCAAAGCAAUGUGCUGCGCCACACCCAGGCCUGCGGCCUACUGGAAAAGAUAAGCUAAGCGGACUCAUGGAGAAGAACAAUAUAUCUGUUCCCCCAGAUUGCACUACAAAGGUGGUUGGGUUCAAGAUGGUGGAUGGCAAAAAGCAUUUAGUUCUCAAAGUCAUUCCUUCAGACAAGCAAGACGUUUCGAAGGAUGCUCACACUGUGAAACCAACUAAUCAGCAAGACGAAUCCAAUGAUUUUUCAAAUGCUAACGCCUCAGGAAACCGUUCUCAGGUGACGUCUAGAAAGUCUUCAUCCCGAAGGAAGAAGCAGGGGCGAUGUGUAGCCCAACGGGACUUUUUGUCCUCAGUGGUUGAGAGGAUAAAAAGCCAACAAAACAAUCAAGAGCAUGCACCCAUUCAUCUCAAAGCAUGCAACUUCAACCAUAAUUCACAUAUUCAAAGUCCCCAUGCGAAAAGAGCCAAAGACUGCCAAGAUAAAGCCCUCAGUGAAUCCGAGGAAAACUUUACCGCAUGCCAAGGAGAUUCAGGUUGUCAUAGUGAUUUGACCUCAGAUACCGGUUCUUUGGAAGAGAGGUGUUGUUCGCAACUUCUUCCUACGGCGUUUGAUGAAGAACUUAGUCUUGCGCUAGAUACAAACUUCAUUCACCAGCAUUCAAACGCAUGCUCCAUCUCUGGCUUGGAUUGCAUAAGUCCAUCCUCUGGAUUUCCCCUGAAGGAUCGUACUGAGUCUUUGUGUCGAAGUGAAGAUGGGGGCCUGUUACUCCAUGGCAAUGCUGACGAGUGCACAAACAACAUGGACCCCAGAGAUUCUCUGGUCCCGGUAGGUCAGCACGACUGUGGAAGGGAAAGCAGCAGCGCUCCAGACCUGCUUCAGACGGUGGAUGAGCUGCCUUUAACUACAGUCGUUCAUUUGCUGGAUGAAGUGAGAGCGGAUCGGACGUUAUCAACACAGACCAGCUCUGAUGAACCUCUGAAAGAGUUCACGUGCACUGGAGGUGCAAACCAGCGAUCUGAGCCAGUCAAUGCAAACAUCUCUGUCCUGCCUCAUGAUUCAAACUCUUCAACAUCUGUACCAGCAACAGCCUGUGGAUCCAGUGAGUCAAACGCCGCUCUUGCAUCACUGAACAGAAAGCGCAUGGGAGAAGCCUCCUCUGCGGACUCUCCCGUCAGCAAAUCCCAAAAGCGAUCGACUCAGGGCUCAGCGGACGUCAGCGCAUCCGUCCUCUACUGGGAUCCGGCGCCUCGAGACGCUCCGACGACCCUUCGACUGAUUCCCUACAGCGCCUCGCAAUCCGUUAAAAUCCCACGCAGCAACCAGCCCGUUAUAGUUCUCAACCAUCCCGACAGCGAUAUUCCCGAGGUCACAAACAUCAUGAAAGUGGUUCGCAAGCACAAAGGUGCCGUGCAACGGGUCGUACUCUCUCGUAAAACUCUCAAAGCUCUUUCAGAGUUUAACUGCGACGACUUUCGCGAUAAUCUCGUCGCCAAUUGCCACGCGUCCCACUGCAGGAGAGAAUGGCCAAACGGGACCGUUAAAGAAAGAUUCAGCUUGAAACUGAGGUUUAAAAGAGUGUGUGGAAGAAAGUAUACCGUAGUACCGACAGUGUCUGAAAGCAUCGUGUUGCAGCCGACGUUUAGAUGCUGGUUUUGCGGGCGGCUUUUCAGAAACCAAGAAGCUUGGGUGGGUCACGGACAAAGACAUCUCAUGGAAGCAACCAGAGGUUGGAACCAGCUCUUUAACAGAUAGAAAUUCUGCAUUAGCCAUUUUUAAGAAAUGCUGUGAAGAAUCAGGGUUGCUAUGCAAAUCUCAGGAAGAGAAAAA